AUGUGCCGCCGUCGCCAAGUCAGGAACGUCUACCUUCGAUGCGGUCAUACCGUCAAUCUUUGUGUUCCACCCCGCGAGCUGCAAGCCGCCGGCUUGUCUGCGGACCUGUUGGCAAUACUCCCAACAUCAACUCUUACUGUCCCUCCUGUUACCAGGGAAAGUAAUGCCAAGGCUGCCGUUGAACGUAAAUUGCAAGUAUGGAACCACUUCUCGUACCUGAUCGACGUCAAUCCCGGGCUCGAUCGUAUUUGUGAUCGAGGGAACAGUCCAGCAUGCCAAUCCAUGACCGACAAACCGUUCAGAAGCACGGGUGGUUCGGGGAAAGGGAGCGAAAAAGUUGAUUAUUGCGCUAGAGAAGGCGGGUUUGAGAGCUGCCGUUCCGAUGGAUAUAAAUCCACACCCCAAAGAGGGGUCCAGGAGACGACGGCACCAGUUUCGGAUGACGGAUACGGAGAGACGCCAUCGCGUUUCACGGCGGCACUGAGAGGGCUUCGGCAUAGACAGAGACAGCAUCUAUAA